AUACUUUAAACUGUGUGGGCCCCCCCUUUUUUUUGUGUGUGUGUGUAUAAGCGAGCAGCAGCAUCGCGCACCGUCCUCACCUACUGACUCCUACAGGGGAAAACUGAUUUUUACUUUUUCCUUAUUUUUACAUUAUAAAUUAGACCGCAAAAAUGACCAUCAGGACGAUUCACGAUCACGGCCAGCAUUAUCGACCACGGAUGGCAUGUUUGAAAAAGGUGGAGGCCUUGGUGGUGGAGAUGCAGGACCCUAAAAGUGGACUGAAGUUCGAGGAGCAGAAGCUGGUCACCACCACCGUUCCGCAUGCGAUUGCAGGUCAGGACAUUCACGCGUGGAUCGUCAACCGACUAAAAUUGGACGCGGAAGAGGCCAAAGCCUUUGGCACCAUGAUGGUGGCAUAUGGCUACAUCUACCCCCUGCAGGACCACAAGAGACUCAUCCUCAAGGUGGAUGCCAGUCUCUAUCGCUUCCAGACCCCAUAUUUCUGGCCUGUACAGCACUGGCGGGCAGAAGACACUGACUAUGCCAUCUACCUGGCAAAGAGGAAUAUCCGGAAGAAGGGGGUGCUGGAGCUGUACGAGCAGGAACACUACAACAACCUGCACAAGUGGAUGAACCACAAGUGGGACUUCAUUGUGAUGCAAGCCAAGGAGCAAUAUAGGGCCGGGAAGGAGCGGAAGAAGUCAGACCGCGUGGUGCUGGACUGCCAGGAGAGAGCCUACUGGGUGGUACACAGGCCGCCUCCGCGGACAGCCAGCGCCAUGGACUACGGGCUGGACCGCCUCAUUGACCCCAAUGCGGAGGAGAAUAAAACCGUGGACUACUACAGGCGCAUUAUUAUUUUCAACUCUCAAGCCAUCAUGAGGCCAAAGGUCAAGUCCACCGUGUCGCUUGGAGCUUUGGUCAAAUUCUCAUCCACGUUCAAGAACCAUGACCCCUUCCUGGCACCAUGUCUCCCUAGCAACCCUUGGCUGACUGAUGAUAUCACCUACUGGGAACUCAACUUGCCAAGAGUGGAAGUGCCCACUAAGAUGAGGGUGGAGCGCUGGACCUUCAACUUCAUGGAGCUGCUCAACGAUCCCUGUGGCCGAGCAGACUUCCGCCUCUUCCUGAAGAAGGAGUUCAGCGGAGAAAACUUGGCAUUCUGGGAGGCCUGCGAGGACCUGAAGUGGGGCUCUGCAGAGGCCAUGAAGGAGAAAGCUGAGCACAUUUACAAGAUGUUUUUGGCACCAGGGGCCCCACGUUGGGUUAACAUUGAUGGAAAGACCAUGGACAUUACAGUGAAGGGGCUGGUACACCCGCACCGCUACGUGCUGGACGCGGCCCAGACGCACAUCUUCAUGCUCAUGAAGAAGGACACAUUUGGACGUUACAUGAAGUCGCCUGUGUUCAAAGACGCACAAAAGAAAGCUCUUUCCCCACAGCCGCAUACAUUUACCGACGCACAGCUGGAGCAGAAUGCCCGGAAUCGCAAGCCCGGUAUCCACCCAAUCAUCCUGCACCAGCAAGAGGAGGAGGAGAAGGCCAAGUUGGCGGCCAGUGGCCCUGUGGACAUCAAGCAGAUCAUGAGCAAGCUGGACCGUCGUACCGACCUGAAGAAGUGAGGGAGGGGGGGACUGCACGCGCCCACGGGUCGAGUCAGCAGGCAGUCUCAACACCAGUAGUUUACAAACGAUAGUAGUCUUCUAUCAUUGUUUAGGGAGUAUGAAGAAACUUGCACGGUAAAAAUAUGCACAUAAAUCUAAAAUUAAUGAGUUUCAGUAUAUGUUAACAUGCAACUGCUGUGAAAGUUUACUGAUCAUGUUGGCGUCCAGAUGUAGCAUCAAAACAAAUCUUUUGACAUUUUACUAUACGAUAUAGGAACACUUGUUACCACAUCAGUAAAACUAUUUAAAACCACUUAAAUGUUACAUAAACAUGUGUAAAAACUAAAUUCUAAUCCUGUCACCGUGACCGAUUAGUAUUUGUGAUUGACUCAAUUUCGUCGAGUACGAGAAAGCAGUCGUGAUCGUGGUAAUGUGUGUGUGUGGAGGGGUCGACGCGUUGCAUCGUUGGCUCCUGUGUGCUGUUGCCAGUUGUCUGCCUGCUACUGUAACCUUACCUUGUGUUACCACCAGUGAGUUCAUCACACAACCACUUCCUGCCUGAGGCGAGUUUGGACUUUUCUUUAACGAGUUAGCGUCUGUUCAACUUCUCCUCCAGCUACAUCUUUUCUGUGAUUUGUGUGCAAGAAAAAAAGCGUUUAGUCUAAUAAACCCAAGA